AAAAAAACAUUUGAUGUCCCUCCUGCCUCCCCCUCCCCAGGCGCCUUUCUAGGAAGUUCGCUUGUCUUAGCUGGUGAAGUCGCGGCUGUCAGCGGGCACUGAGGGGGGCUGCGCUGGGGUUUCUGCUCUGGGUUAGUAGCGGGAUUAGGGCUCGUGUAAACCGGGAUUUGUGGGAUGCUGCUCCUCAGCACAGGGGCAGCGGGGGCAGCUCGGGAUGCCGGUCCCGUGCAUCCCUCCCGGUUCUGAUGCCGGUCCCGUGCAUCCCUCCCGGUUCUGAUGCUGGCACGGGGCUCAGCUCGCCUCUGCCCCGGAGAGAGCAGCGUGGAGCAGAGGGUGAAAGCAGCCACCAGCUGGCAGCCAGGGCAUGGUAAUUAGCUCCGUGCAGUGCCAGCCUUAUUAAGGACAGCGCAGGUGAUGAUGACGUUGGCACACUGAUUCAUUACAUCUGGAGGGGAAAAUCCGCCUUGUAAAUGCUGAAGCACAGUAAAUAUUUUUGGCUCCUGCCAGAUUGAUCCUUGCAUUAUGCUGAACAGUCUAUAUUUGUAGAACUGAAGAAGUUAAAAAUAAGGUUGGUGGAAAGCUACAAGAUAGGGAAAGGAUUUGCAUUUUAUGGCCGCCAGCAAUAAAGUUUUUUUAUUUGUUUCUUUUUGGUGGUAAAAAUUUCAACACUUUAUUUUUUUUUCUUCCCAUUCCCUUCUUUGGCUCUGGAUUUCACUGCUAGGUGAAAGCUCGUUAUUUAUUUUCUCUCGCCGGUAAUAUUCUGUAAGGGAGCUGUAAAUCUGGAGCACACACAGUUGGGAAAUGAUUUCUGACAGCAUUCUUUUGCAAAUAUGUGGUGCAAUCCUGCAAAAUGCUUCAGCCCUGACAGUUCUCGGGGGGUGGUGCAGACAUAUCAAAGCUUGUAGCAGCCUGUGUACCCAGGGAGGCUGGAUGCUCUGGACUUUCCUGUGGGCUAGAGGGCUUUACGAGCUUCAAUUCAUGGAGAUAAAUGAUUAAACCAACUUCUGACUGUUGCUGUUUUGUUUUCCUGCACUCAGGCUCUCACCUGAACUUUGGCUGCCUGGUAUAUGCUGUUGGGAUAUCCUUAAGAGAUCAUCCAGGAAUGGUGGAUCACUUGUUGCCUACUGAUGAAUCCUUUUCAUCCACAAGAUCUUCUCUUGGAUACUUUGGGGACAUGACAGCAGGCGUGAGGUCCUACCAAAUGCUGCCCUCUCCCCUGUCAGAAGAUGACAGUGACUCGUCCAGCUUUUGUUCUUGUUCCAGCCCUGACUCCCAGGUCCUCAGCUCCAGCUAUGGAAGCACAUCCAGUGCAGAAAGUCAGGACAGUAUCUUAGACUAUUUAUUGUCCCAGGCAUCUUUGGGGAACACCACUGCAUCAUGGUGGGACAAAAGGAGACUUCAGCCAAUAGUGAAAGAGGAGUACUUUAGGUUGCCUGAAUUUGGCGUGGAUAUGGAAGACUCAGGACCAUUUCAGCCCACGCUUGAGGAAAUUGAGGAGUUUUUGGAGGAGAACAUGGACUUGGAGCUCAAAGAAAGACCUAAAAGCGAGACCAAGGACUUGAGAGCUUGCAGCCAGGUUUCUGUUUCUUCACUGCAGCAAAAAGACCAUAUGUUACCCAGUACUAGUUUAAAAGAGAAUAAAAGUGAACAGUUGACCAGCUCAACAGAAGGUGGCCAGGCUUCAACUGGAGGAAUGACCCUGGAGAAUGGAAUACCAGUUAUGCUUCAAAUUCAGCCUGUACAGAUCAAACAGGAGUCCAACACGAGCCCCAGUUCCCAAGGACCAGCACAGGAGAACAUUAAAAUUGCACAGCUCCUAGUCAACAUCCAAGGACAGACAUUUGCCCUUGUGCCUCAGAUAGUUCAGUCGUCCAAUUUGAACUUGUCCUCUAAAUUUGUCCGCAUUGCUCCCGUCCCCAUUGCUGCCAAGCCAAUUGGGCCAGGAGGCAUGAUCCAGGGGCAGACGGGAAUCAUCAUGGGGCAGAAAUUUCAAAAGAACCCCGCAGCUGAACUCAUUAAAAUGCAUAAAUGUUCUUUUCCUGGUUGCACCAAGAUGUACACGAAAAGCAGCCAUUUGAAAGCCCACCUGAGGAGGCACACAGGAGAAAAGCCCUUUGCGUGCACGUGGCCAGGUUGUGGAUGGAGGUUCUCCAGGUCAGAUGAGCUGUCCCGGCACAGGCGCUCCCACUCAGGGGUCAAACCCUACCAGUGUCCAGUGUGUGAGAAGAAGUUUGCUCGAAGUGACCACUUGUCCAAGCACGUCAAGGUGCACCGGUUCCCCCGCAGCAACCGCUCCGUGCGCUCCGUGAACUGAGGCUCCUGCUUCCCCUUCUGCCAGCCGCCCACAGCAGCCAUGACAGCACUUUGCUCACUACAUUUCUCGUGAUAAUUUAUUGGUCUCCACAGAACAGUCAAUGCUGUUACUUGAUACCACCAUGUUUGAGUGCCCUGCGUCCUUCAAAGAUGAUUUGAGAAUUAAGCUCUUUUUGGGUCAGAUCAGGGGAGUGGGGCGCUUCUUCCUUUUUUUUUUUUUUUU